AUGCCAGGGGUCGGUAAGAUGCAGUCUUUGCUGUUUCAACUCAUAUUGAUGUCUUUUGUUUUCUUGAACUCUGUGAACAAUGUGAAUGCUGGUAUCACAAGUACCUUCAUUCGGAAGGAGUGGCCAUCAGUAGACAUCCCUCUUGAUAAUGAAGUAUUUGCAGUUCCCACAGGACCUAAUGCCUUUUCAUUUUAUUGUCUUCAUAUAUUUCUACUAGAUAAAGUGCAUAUAACGCAAGGGAACUAUGAUGGAAACGCUGUAAUUAUCUCAUGGGUCACAGCUGAUGAACCAGGGUCCGGCAAAGUACAAUAUGGCACAUCAGAGAAAAAAUAUGAAUUUACUGCAGAGGGGAAAAUGACAAACUACACCUUUUGCAAUUACAAUUCUGGCUAUAUUCAUCAUGUUCUUGUUGAUGGCCUUGAGUAUGAUCCCAAGUACUAUUACAAGAUUGGGAGUGGUGAUUCUGCACGAGAGUUUUGGUUUCAGACUCCUCCAAUGAUUGGUCCAGAUGUUUCUUACAAAUUUGGAAUAAUUGGUGAUUUGGGUCAGACAUAUAAUUCAUUGUCCACUCUUGAGCAUUACAUGCAGAGUGGAGCACAGACAGUACUGUUUGUAGGAGAUCUUGCUUAUGCUAAUAGAUAUCAAUAUAAUGAUGUUGGUAUACGUUGGGAUUCAUGGGGCCGCUUUGUUGAGAGAAGUACUGCAUAUCAGCCUUGGAUCUGGUCUGCUGGGAAUCAUGAAAUAGAAUACAUGCCUUACAUGAAUGAAGUUAUUCCUUUUAAAUCCUAUCUCCAUCGGUAUCCUACACCUCAUUUGGCUUGUAAAAGCAGCAGCCCUAUGUGGUAUGCUAUUAGACGUGCAUCUGCUCACAUUAUUGUGCUAUCCAGCUACUCUCCAUUUGUGAAAUACACACCUCAGUGGAUAUGGUUCAGUGAAGAAUUAAAGAGGGUUGACAGGGAGAAGACCCCUUGGCUCAUCGUCCUUAUGCAUGUUCCACUCUACAACAGUAACGAAGCACAUUUCAUGGAGGGUGAAAGUGUGAGAGCAGUCUUUGAAGAAUGGUUCAUCCAUUGCAAAGUUGAUGUAAUCUUUGCUGGUCAUGUCCAUGCUUAUGAAAGAUCUAAUCGAAUCUCAAAUGUAAGGUACAAUGUAUCAAGUGGUGAACGUUACCCCGUACCAGACAAAUCAGCUCCCAUUUACAUCAUUGUUGGAGAUGGUGGAAAUCAAGAAGGUCUAGCAGAAAGAUUUAGAGAUCCCCAACCAGAGUAUUCUGCAUUCCGAGAAGCCAGUUAUGGCCAUUCGACACUGGAGAUCAGAAACAGGACACAUGCAUUCUACCAGUGGAACCGCAAUGAUGAUGGGAAAAAAGUGGCAAUUGACUCAUUUGUAUUACACAAUCAGUUCUGGUCAAAUAAUCUGAGACGAAGAAAACUGAAGAAGCAUCACUGGAGGAGUGUGCUUGGACGGACUGCUUCUUUUUGAGAAGAUGAUGUUUCCAUCAAGCAUUUCAUCUCUGGUAU